AUAUGGCGGACUCCGGAGAGCCCUGUAGCUGAUUUUAAAUGUGCUUUACGAUUUCAAGUCACAGAAGAUUUUCCCCAGAGAUUCCUAGCCUCCUGGCGAGCACGCCCUUUUUCUUUUUCCUUUUGAAAUAACAGGUGCUUAGUUCGUACUUGUGACUACGGAGGAAGGCAGCGUCGCGGCUUGAUAAUGUUAUGUCCAAAGGUGGCCAGUUCCGACUCCGUCUCUAACGAAGACUUUAAAAACGACUUGUUCUAAGAAAGGGUAGGAAACACGAGACCCUCCAACUACCCAGUGAAAUCACGUUUUAUCUGACAGUUUCUGGCCCAAGCGGUAGCCGACGGAGGUCCAACGGUCCCUUACCUCUCGGUGCCACGGCACUGCGCUUGCGCAAGGUACUGUCAAACACUGACGGAGGCCGAGAAGAAAAAAAGGCGGGAGUCGCCAAUCUCCGGUGGAGCAAAAUGGCGCGGGAGAACGAGAUGCAGGAAUUCACCCGAAGCUUCUUCCGAGGCUGCCCGGACCUCAGCACGCUCACGCAUUCCAUCGUACGGCGGAGGUUCUUGGCUCACGUGGGCCGCGACCACCUGAAUCUUGAGGAAAAACAGGCACUGAAGCGGCUGGUGGAGGAGGAGCUGCUGAAGAUGCAGGUGGAUGACGCUGGUACCAGGGACGAGAAGCUAGACUUUACCAAGAAGGUGAAGAGAACUUCCACUCUCUCCAGUGACCGGGAGAGAAAAAGGUUCCGCUUCAAUUCAGAGUCAGAGUCCAGCUCUGCAGCUUCCAGUCCACAUUGCUUUGGACUUCCAGCAAAGAAUGGGAUGACAUCAGAAGAAGACAGUCCAGCUGAUGAGGAGGAGAGUCCAAGGCAAGCCUCAAAGAAAACAGUUGAAAGCAGUGAUGAAGAACAGCAGAAGGACCUGACUAUAAAGACAGGUUCAGGGGAGAGCAGUGAGGAGGAGGGCUCUAUCAGAACAAAUAAGGUCUGGAAGGAAUUGAGCAGUGAGGAAGAGGCAGAAAAGGAGAAAAAGAAGUACAAGGGCAGGGAUAGGAAGGAACCUGUGACAAAGAAUAAGCAGGCACCAGGCAGGGCCUCAGUCAGCAGAAAGCAGACCAGGGAAGAAAACGAGGACCAGGAGGGAGAAUCUGCCCAGAAGACAGCAGCAAAGAAGGUGGAGAGAGAUAAAGGAACUAAAAGCCAUCAGCAAAGUCAAAAAGAGGGUGAGGAAGAGGAAAUCCUGGCCAAGAACAAAACGGAGAAAGAACAAGAAUGGAAACCCAGAGGCAAGAGCAGUGGAGGGAAAGGGUCAGGCUGGGAGGAAAGGAGCUGUCAGCAGAAAAGGAGAGCAGGAAAGCUAACAGGAGAUAGGGAGGACAGUGGGGAAGAGAAGGAAGAGGAGGCAGUAGGCAGUGGGCAUAAUAGUGGGGGAGAUGAAGUGCCUCCAGUACAAAGGAAGAGUACGGGUAGCACCCAGUGGAAGGGUGGGAAAAGACAUAGUGGAAGCAGUGAGGAAGAGGAAGACAGCUGGAAGGCAAAAGGCACUAGAAAGACAACCAAACUGAGCAGUAUCAAUGGUGAGGAGAGUGACUUGGAGAGGGAGGUGAGUGGCAGUGACGCAGAGGGCAGCCCCGAGGGGGAGAGGAACCGCCCUUCCAAGAAGAGCUCCAAGAACGGCAGAAAGAAGAGCUCCAAGAAAGGCAGGACACGAAGCCCCUCUUCCUCAUCAGAUGGCAGUCCAGAGCCCAAAGGAGAGAAGGUUGGCUCUAACCGCCGCGGAGAGGAUCACCCAGCAGUGAUGAGGCUAAAGCGCUACAUUCGGGCCUGCGGUGCCCAUCGAAACUACAAGAAGCUACUGGGCUCCUGUCGCUCACAUAAGGAGCGCCUGAGUGUCCUUCGGGCAGAGCUGGAAGCCCUGGGCAUGAAGGGUAACCCUUCCUUAGAGAAGUGUCGGGCCCUGAAGGAGCAGCGGGAGGAGGCAGCUGAGGUGGCCUCCUUGGAUGUGGCCAACAUCAUCAGCAGCUCAGGCCGGCCACGCAGACGCACAGCCUGGAACCCUUCAGAAGCUCCUCCAGGGGAGCUAUACCGACGGACCCUGGACUCAGAAGAAGAACAACCUCGUCCUGCGCCCCCAGACUGGUCACACAUGCGUGGUAUCAUCAGCAGUGAUGGCGAGAGUAAUUGAGAUCUCUCACCCCAAGGAGUGAUCUUUUCCACCUGUAUAAAGCAUAUAUAGCACCCCGGUUCUGUGCCUACAUAGUAGCUAUUUUUUUCAGAGAUGUAGUCCCCAAGGAUACAAGUUGUUGGAACACUACUUCUCAGUUUCUUGUUCUCUGUUUAGUGUUUACAGGGGUUUCUUUUUAAGCUUCAAUAAAAGACUGUAAUCAUCUCAUCUAAA